AUGACUUCAUCAAAGCGUGCCGGGAACAUGAAGGGAAGCCCAGGCGGAUCGGAUCACGGAGAUGCUCUUAUGGCUGAAGCAAGUUCUGUGACUACUGAAGAUACCCAAAAUUGUGAAAGCUCUGAAAUGAAAGAAGAGGCCUUAGAGAAAAAGAGGAAGAGAAAGAGAAAGAGAAGAAGACGAAGAGAAGGGUAUGAGAAGUGCGUGUACAAUGUGCUGAAACAAGUGCACCCAGGGAUGGAGAUUUCAACAGCGGCCAUGGCUAUUCUGAACAAUCUGAUGAAUGACAUGUUUGAGAGGCUGGCUGAUGAGGCAGCAAGGCUCAAGAACUACACAGGGCAAGUAACUCUGUCUUCCAGGGAGAUGCAAGGGGCAGUGAAACUGGUUUUGCCAGGUGAGCUUGGCAAGCAUGCCAAUGCUGAAGGUGUCAAAGCUGUCAUAGCCUAUCUUUCUUACGAUGCCUGA